GAGAUGCACCAGUUUCUGAGGAAGAGAGAAGUGAGUGACACAUGGUGGGGUGUGGCUUUUCCACGAAAGUGAAACUGACAGUUCAACAUAACACCACAAGUCAGCCUGGCAGAGCAGAGAGAAAAACAGAGUGCAUCACACAUGUUCUGAGUUCACAGCCCCAGUGUCCACAGUGUCGGACAGCUGUUCCAGCAGAUGCGAAAUGUCUUCCAACCAGCCAUAUAUUGAAAAGCCUCGCUGAAAAGGCUAAACAAGCAGAGAAGAUCAAGAAAGAGCAUGGAAAUGAGAAAGCAGAGGUGGCUGAGUUGUGCCCUGAGCAUGAAGAAAAGCUGAAACUGUUCUGCAUCACAGAUCAGCAGUUAACGUGUAUUAUAUGCCGAGAUGGGGAGAAGCAUGAAGGACACAAGUUUAAACCAAUCAAAGAAGCAGCUGCAUCUCUGAGACAAGAGCUGGAGAAGGGGAUGGAGAAACAAUGUGAAGAUAUCCUUACUACAGAGAGCCUAGCCAACACACAGAGAGAAGAAAUUACCAAAACCAAAGAGAAGUCUCAGCAGCUGGAGACCCAAAUCCGCAAACAGUUUGAGGAGAUGCACCAGUUUCUGAGGAAGAGAGAAACUGAGAUAAAGAAUGAGCUGAAACACAAAGAGGAAGAUGCUGUUGAGAAAAUGAGCAAGACCUUAAACGCUAUAGAAACAGCUUUGUCUGAGAGCAGAGAACUGCAGGGGAAGGUCACAUCAGUUCUGGAAAUUACAGACUCAGACAGGCUCUUAAAGAGCUGGACUGAGGGUAACAGUAUGAUGACUCCAGAACAUUUCUUCAGGCCCAGAGCAAAUGAUCUCCAAGUGGUGAAUGAUUCUCUCUCUUUGGGGCCUUAUGAAAGCCACCUGCAGUUCGUUGUGUGGAAGGAGAUGCUUCAGGUGAUCCAGCCCAGAGCAGAGCUGCUGUCACUCAGAAAUGAUGAUCCAGAAAUAAAUGUGUCUGGCUCUAGUCAGUCAGGUCUCCCGUUUGGCUCUAGUCAGUCAGGUCUCCCGUUUGGCUCUAGUCAGUCACAUUCCUUUCGUGGCUCUAAUCAGUCAGGUCUCCCGUUUGGCUCUAGUCAGUCAGGUCUCCCGUUUGGCUCUAGUCAGUCAGGUCUCCCGUUUGGCUCUAGUCAGUCAGGUCUCCCGUUUGGCUCUAGUCAGUCAGGUCUCCCGUUUGGCUCUAGUCAGUCAGGUCUCCCGUUUGGCUCUAGUCAGUCAGGUCUCCCGUUUGGCUCUAGUCAGUCAGGUCUCCCGUUUGGCUCUUCUAAAGUAAAAGCAACAUUUCCUGGGCGUAAAUGAUCUGCCAGCCUCUGCAGAAAGUACCAACCAGUUCACCUCUGGGCAGCAUUACUGGGAGAUAGAUGUUGAACAAAGGAAUUAUUGGGAACUAGGGGUAAAAAUUAAUUUCCUGUGAUGUGAUGGCACAAAAUAUGUUAUGAUAUGUGCUGGUACUGAAGUCAGAAUUUGAAAUUAUGUAUAGUACGUAAAUAUAAUUUUAUUUCUUGAGUGAAAUAGAGAUAAUGAAGUCAAGCGUCUGACUUUAGACUGCAGUGUUUCCUACAUUCAUUCAAGACAAAAAGCUGAUGGUGACAGUUCUUCACUGCAUCCGUUUACUGUUCUAUCUACUAUAAAGUUUGUGUUUAUGCAGCAGUAGUUUUGAAAAGGUGACUUGAGAAAUGUGUAUUCAAGGCAAUAAUAUUUUGAUCACUUGUAAGUUUAGCUCAUUACAAAUGCAGCACGUACGCAUACUACUGUAUGGCUGUAAAGUGUAAAAUAAUACACCACAAUAAUGAUACAGGAAAGAAAUGUAUUGCAGUGGUGGUGAACUAGUAAUUAAGGUAAAAAUUUUUAAAUCAGGAGAAAUGCUUGUAAUCUCAUGUCACAUUGAUUCAGUCACCUGUAUAUUUUCAAAUAAACAAUAUAAACUUGU